AUGGCGCCCAAACACAUGGUCUUCGAUGGGGUCGCCAUAUUCUGGACCGCCUUUGCGUCCUUGUGGACCGCGCUGUUGGUCGGCGGCAUGGCCUUCCUGUGGACGAGGCGAGACAUGCCCAUCCUCCGCAUCCGAGGCCUGCCCCUCUCCUUUGGCGCCGUCGUGUGUCUUCACCUGUACUGGAUUGCCUGCCAGCUGGGCACCAGCUACGGACAUCUCAUGCCCAACGGCGUCGAGUUCUGGAUCAUGGGUAUCUAUCUCCCAUUCGGCAUUGCCCUGUUCCACGCCUCCAACAGCCGUUUCCUCCACGUCGCGAAGGCGCAGAUGAAAUAUGCCCAGACCCAGCGUGUCAAGAAGCAGCCAGAAGAAAAGUCACGAUGGCCACUGGUCGCCAAGUUUCGGUCCUCCGACUACACCACCAAGAUGAUGACUGUUGUCUGCGCUGGCAUGACGUUCCAGUUUUUCUUGACGCUUGUCAUGUAUCUCGUCUCAUACAAAUUCCACCCUUCCUUUGGUGUGGCCGGCACCGAGGUCACUGGCACCCCUGACCAGAUCACGCGGGAGCGCAGUCGGGGUUGGGAGUGGUGGCCAUCUGUCUUUUGGCAGAUCUUCUGGGCCUGGAUUGUUGCACCCUACAUCCUUUGGCAGUCACGCGGCAUCCGUGACACCCAGGGCUGGCGAUUCCAGACCGUCGCGUGCUGCCUGGCCAGUCUGCACGCCGCGCCCAUGUGGAUCGUCGCGCUGAACGUAGACGCCAUGGCGGUUGUGAACAAGUACUUCAUCCCGCCGCAGUGGAUCGCCGUGUCCAUUAUGCUGCUUGAGAUCUUCACAAUCUUCCUACCUUGCUGGCAGGUGCUGCGCCACCAGUCGCUCCGACAGGAGACGCUGGAACUCAUUGCGCUCUGGGAGUCUGGUAAGAAGAACACGACGGGCGCUGGCAAGUCGUUCGUGUCGGGCUCUACCAAGGCCAGCGGCAAGGGCAGUUUCGUCUCGUGGAGGCAGAUGUCCGAGGUGGAGAAGGGCGGCUCCUUCGAUGCCGCCGCUAUUGCCGGCGGCCUGUUGACGAUGGACGCGCUCGAAUAUGCCCUCAAGAAGAAUCCGGCACCCCUGCAGCACUUUUCCGCGCUCAAGGAUUUCUCGGGCGAGAACAUUGCCUUCCUCACGAGCGUGUCCAGCUGGAAGACGUCUCUGCGUUCUGAAAACGUUCCGGCGACCACAUUGAACGGCCGCCAGAGUCUGUCGAUCGAGCCUUGCGCGACGAACCAGCAGGACCGUCUCCGCGAGCAGUUCAACCAGGCGCUGCGCAUUUACACCGAGUUCAUCAGCCAGCGGGACGCCGAGUUCAGCAUCAACAUUUCGUCUGGCGAUCUGCGCCGGAUCGAAUCCGUCUUCGAGCAAGCCGCACGGUCAGUGCAUGGCGAAAAGUCGCCGAAGCCGACGGCAACACCAUUCGACGACUGGGCCGCACCCAAGGGAGCCGAGUCCGUGUCCAUGUCGAGCGAGAAGGGCAUCAUCGGAGCAGCGACCAGAGACGCUGACGACACGUCGGACACGGGGUCGACGAUUGGCGAGGGAGCGUACUACUGGGGGGACAUCCCCGACGGCUUCGAUGAGACGGUGUUUGACGAUGCCGAGACGAGCAUCAAGUACCUCGUGCUGACGAAUACGUGGCCCAAGUUUGUCAAGGACAGGCCCGUUGCUGAAGCCCGCGAGUGCUUCUAG